AAGCCAUCAUCAACACAAACUUGCCACUUCCUUCCUGUGCAAGUGCAGGGCUGGGCCCGUCUUCUGCUGCUUGAGGCUCACUUGCUGGAAAAGCCACCCAUGUGAUGCAGCCGUUUCCUGUGCCUUUCCUGGCCUCUGAGGUUUGACGUGUGUCAGGCGGCAGUGCUGCUCGCCUUCAAUCUCUGGCGCUGCCUUGCCUGCCGACUGAUUCACUCUGGAGGGCUCAUCAUGUUGCGCCGCAAGCCAUCCAACGCCAGCGACAAGGACCCGACCCAAAAAAGGAAGCUGUCUCUGCAGCGGUCCAGCAGUUUCAAGGACUUUGCCAAGAACAAGCCCAGCUCGCCCAUCGCAAGUGAGAAGGAGUUCAGCCUGGAGGAGGAGGACCCGGAAGGCAGCCCUACAAAUCCUCCGCCUAGUCCCGAUGACUCUGGGCGAAGCAGCAGCUUGAAGCUGGGCAGGAGAUGGAAAGCUGCCAUCUCUCGCACCAUGAACCGGAAGACCGGCAAGGCUGCAGCCAGAGCCUUGGCUGAACAGGGGGAGGAAGACAAGGAGACAGCGGCAUCUCUGAACAGUCCUAUGGAUAAAGAAGCCCUCGUUUUCCCGGAACCGACAGAUCUUCACUCACCUGGCAGUUCUCAGAGCCCGAGUGUGGGCAGUGAAUUGUUUGAUCCCAAACUGACGGGAAACAUCAGCAGCGGGAAGAAGACGGAAGAGGACAGCCCUGCCGCACUGUACAGCGGCCCUUUCUGCGGCAAAGCCAGAGUUCACACGGACUUCAUCCCCAGCCCCUACGACAAAGACUCGCUGAAACUUCAGAAAGGGGAUGUCAUCCACAUUAUCGCCAAGCCCCCCGUAGGCACCUGGAUGGGCCUCCUGAACAACAAGAUGGGCUCCUUCAAGUUCAUCUAUGUGGACAUCAUCCCAGAUGCGCCUGCGCCGGUCCUCAAGAGCUGCUCGCGAAGCAGGAGCAAGAGGCCCAAGCCCAAGACCCUGGAGGAACUGCUGGAGCGCAUGAACCUGCAGGAGUAUGCCUCCACGUUGCUGCUCAAUGGCUACCAGACCCUGGAGGACUUCAAGGAGUUGCAGGAGACUCACCUCAACGAGCUGAACAUCACCGACCCCCAGCAUCAGGCCAAGCUACUGACGGCGGCGGACCUGCUGCUCGAUUAUGACACAAGCAGUGACGCUGAAGAAGAGGGAGGGGGCUUGGAGCUCCAGCUGGCCCCUGAAGCGCCCAAGGGGGACAUCCCUCGGGAUUCCGGCUGUUUCGAAGGGGCGGAGAUGCUGGACUCCAAGUUAGAGGAAGGGCUGCAGUCGCUCUCCUUGGCUGAGUCGUUCUGAGCAGAGCUCCUCCCUCUCAGGGCUCCUUGCCUUGAAGCCAGAAGCCCCAGUUGCAUUGCUGGGAUGAAGCACCAUCAGCCUUCUUCUUGGGACAAGCAAAGCCCCCUGGCCAGCUAGCCCUAUCACCAGGCCUUGCAAUUGAGAGCAUUGUUGCAUUUAAAUGGGCUGUGAGCUGUAGGCGUAAGUUACCCACCCACCCAGAAUGCAAUGGGGAAGCUGCUGAAUGAUGUGCAAUUGAACUGAGGUGAGCUAACCUGGUCUCUCACCUGUUCCUUCUGGAACUGAGAAAAUCUCCUGUCCCUCCUCUUUGGGGGAGGGAGUGGGGGGUUUGCAGCUUCAAUCCACAGCACAGCGGCAGGUACUCAGGACUCACGCUUAACGCAGCCAUAAACUUUUGAACAUGGCCUCUGUGGCUCCUCCCCUUUCCCCUCAGUCUGUGCUGUGUGACAGGAAAAGACUACUGUUGGGACUGAAAGCAGCAGCCAGCCACGGAGGCAGAAGACAGCAUAGCAGCAGCCUGCCCCGACUGAGGAAAAGAGAAGAGGAUGGACAUUUUACUUCCUUUGUCUUUGAGUACAUCAGACUUGUUAAUAAAUACUUGGAUACUACAACAA